AUGAGGUACGACGGGACCAAGGAUCCCCAGGAGCACCUCAUAGCUUUCGAAGCAAGAAUGAACUUGGAAGGAGUAGGCGACGCGGUCAGAUGCCGAGCAUUCCCUAUAACGCUGGCCGGCCCAGCGAUUCGAUGGUUCAACGCCCUCCCACAAGGGUCCAUUACGACUUUCGCGGACAUCUCCCAAAGCUUUCUGGCUCGGUUCACAACACGCAUAGCCAAGGCAAAACACCUGAUUAACUUGCUAGGGGUCACCCAGAAACCCGGGGAACUGACCAGAAAGUUUCUGGACAGGUUGAACAACGAAUGCUUGGAAAUUGACGACCUCACGGACUCAGUCGCUAGUCUUUGCCUAACAAAUGGCCUGCUAAAUGAGGACUUUAAGAAGCAUCUCACAACUAAGCCUGUGUGGACUAUGCAGGAGAUUUAA